AGGCAGAGUCUCUUCUCAAAGGCUGUUUCACAGUGAAAAUAUGCUCAGUGCAGCCGAGUGCAUGAAUGAAAAAGCCUCUGGUACCUUCUAGUCUGGCAAAAUGCAGCACAAAACUCAACUUACUCUGUCUUUUCUGCUGUCCCAGGUUCUGCUGCUUGCAUGUGCAGAAGAUUUAGAAUGUGUCCCUGGAUUCCAGCAGAAGGUUUUUUAUAUAGAAAAGCCAUUUCAAUUCACAGAGGACCAGCUGGUUCUGAACCUGAAAUUUGAUGACUGCAAGGGGAAUAACAAAUUGAACUUUGAAAUUUCUAACCCAAACUUUACAGUGGAACUCGAUGGGAAUUUGGUUGCACUCAAGAAUGUAUCAGAAGCUGGCAAAGCCUUGUUUGUCCAUGCACGGUCGGAGCACGCUGAAGACAUGGCAGAAAUCUUUAUUCUUGAAGCAAAUGAAAAACGUGGUGCAUUAAAGGAAAUCUUGAAACUAGAAGGCAACCUUGGAAUUCCAAGACAAAAAAGGGCUAUUUUGGCGACUCCAAUACUAAUUCCUGAAAAUCAAAGACCUCCAUUCCCCAGAUUAGUUGGCAAGGUCAUCAGAAGCGAAGGGACAGAGGGAGUAAAGUUCCGGCUCUCUGGGAAGGGAGUAGAUCAAGACCCAAAAGGAAUUUUUAGAAUCAAUGAGAUGAACGGGGACGUCUCGGUGACCCGAACCCUUGAUCGAGAAGCAAUUGCCAAUUACGAGCUGGAAGUGGAGGUGGUGGAUAUGAACGGGAAGACCAUGGAUGGCCCGGUGCGCCUGGACAUCUCGGUCAUCGACCAGAACGACAACAGGCCCAUGUUCAAAGAGGGCCCCUACGUUGGGCACGUCAUGGAGGGAUCUGCCACUGGAACCACGGUGAUGCGCAUGGCAGCGUUCGACGCCGACGAUGCCAGCACGGACAACGCCCUGCUGCGCUACAACAUCCUCAGGCAGACCCCCACCAAACCCUCCCCAAACAUGUUCUACAUCGACCCUGAGAAGGGAGACAUUGUCACAGUGGUGUCCCCUGCGCUGCUGGACCGGGAGACCAUGGAAAGCCCAAAGUAUGAGCUGGUUAUAGAAGCCAAGGACAUGGGUGGGAUGGAUGUGGGACUGACAGGCACAGCCACUGCCACCAUUCUUAUCGAUGACAAAAAUGACCACGCACCAGAAUUCACCAAGAAGGAGUUCCAGGCCACAGUGAAGGAGGGGGUCACAGGUGUAAUAGUGAAUUUAACCGUGGGUGACCGGGACGACCCCGCCACCGGGGCGUGGAGAGCUGUCUACUCCAUCAUCAAUGGGAAUCCAGGGCAGAGCUUUGAGAUCCACACCAACCCCCAGACUAAUGAGGGAAUGCUCUCUGUUGUCAAGCCUUUAGACUACGAGAUUUCAGCCUUUCACACGCUGCUGAUCAAAGUGGAAAACGAAGACCCGCUGAUCCCAGACAUCGCCUACGGCCCCAGCUCCACGGCCACCGUGCAGAUCACCGUGGAGGACGUCAACGAGGGCCCCGUGUUCCACCCAAACCCCAUGGCAGUGACCAAGCAGGAGAACAUCCCCGUUGGCAGCGUGGUGCUCACUGUGAAUGCCACCGACCCGGACACUCUGCAGCACCAGACCAUCAGGUAUUCAGUGUACAAGGACCCAGCAGGGUGGCUGGAAAUCAACCCCACCAAUGGCACCGUUGGCACCACGGCAGUUCUGGACAGGGAAUCUCCCUUCGUGCACAACAACGUCUACACUGCUCUGUUCCUGGCCAUCGACAGUGGUAACCCUCCUGCUACGGGUACAGGAACUUUGCACAUCACCUUGGAGGAUGUCAAUGACAACGUCCCAUCCCUUUAUCCAACACUGGCAAAAGUUUGUGACGAUGCAAAAGAUCUCAGGGUAGUGGUUCUAGGAGCAUCAGACAAAGACCUCCAUCCCAACACAGAUCCAUUCAAAUUUGAGCUCAGCAAGCAAUCCGGCCCAGAAAAGUUGUGGAGAAUCAACAGGCUUAACAAUACCCACGCCCAGGUCAUCCUGCUUCAGAACCUGAAAAAGGCCAAUUACAACAUCCCCAUCUCAGUGACAGAUUCUGGAAAACCUCCUCUGACCAACACCACAGAACUGAGAUUACAAGUGUGUACCUGCAAGAAAUCCAAAAUGGACUGCAGUGCAACUGAUGCUCUCCACAUCAGCCUGACCCUAAUCCUCCUUUCACUCCUCAGUUUAUUUUGUCUGUAAGAAUUCCUGCCAUUUGAAGCUGUCCUACCGAGUUGCCAUGGCAACGAGAAGAAGGGAAAAAAACCCAUCAGCUCUGAAGAUUGCAGUUUACAAUGACUGUUCUUCACUCCUUGGCCUCAGUUGCUCCAGUUUAGUUUGCAAUCUCACUCAAUCUGUACCUUGGUGUUCGACAGCCUCCACCCCUCUGUCCUUUGGCCCUGGAUUCCUCCUGCAGGACACAAGGUUUACUCAAAAUUUACUCUGAAUGUUAAAAGACCAUGACAUCCAAACCCCGCCUUGGGGGAGCAGAAAAAAAAAAAAAAAAAGAAAAAAAACCACAAAACCAGAUUGACUCCAUUUUUUUUCUAUCUGUUGACUUGUUGCUAUUCAACUGUUCAGAAAAUAUUUUGUCUGUGGGUUAGUAUUUGUAUAUGUAUGAGUGUAUGUAUAUAUAUAUAUUUAUAUAGAGAGAAGAGUUAUACCACAGGUUUAGCUUUUAUAAAAUGUUCAUCUGGAGGGUGAGAAGGGAGGGAGCAGAAUAGCACAGCCACAGAUGAAUUGUAGCUGUCCCAGCAUGGCUAAACCUGCUGUGUUUGCUGUCCAGAGCGUGGCCAGGAGGAGAGAGCCCGUGGCCACCUCGGGGCUCUGCCAUGGCCCUUCUCGUACCUCAGGUUCAGCAAACAAGAAAUGCAAGUCCCCAGGGCUUGUUCCUGCUCUGAGCUGCUCUCCCUGGGCCCCAGAGGGUGCAGGAGGAGCAGCCAAGUGCGAGCAGCUCAGCCUGACUGGAGGGGCCAAAGGGCUGAAACAUCGGCUGGGGCAGGUGACAAAAUGUUUUGAUCACUCUGCAGGUGAGAAGCUGAGUCCAGCAGCAGCUCUGAUCCCUGCUCAGCCUCUGUGCCAGCAGGUGCCCUGUUCUAUAAAUACCCUCACAACCACACCAAUCCAUCAUUUUGGGUAUAUAUAUACAUACAUACACACGUACACACGGUUUCCAGUUAAGAGUAACGAGAGCAUUUCUUUGUGUGUGUAAACUUACCACACCUAUUUGCAGACAUGGGGAAAAAAAGGGUGUUUGUUCUCUAUGAAUAUGGAUCCUUUUUUAUUCUGUGAGCAUGUAAGGUCAAAAAACAAAAAAAAAAAAUCCUUCUAACUGUAUGAAGAUGAUCAUCUUGUUAAUAAACUGUAAAUGAUCCAUCAAAGCUCACACCAAAUUUUUAUAAAAUUAACACAAAAAGUAUACUAGUGACAGACUGUGGCUUUUAUUAGAGCUUGCCAGUAACUAGGGUAAGGUGUCUUAGAAUAUUUUAAUAAACUUGCUUAUUUAAAGUUUAAACAAGAAAGCUUCCUUAUGCAAUAGAACUUUGCAGCUGCACUCUUUAGUUAGCAUUUUUACAGUAAUUAAGGGUCAUACUCUGGCAUCCUUACUACAGUGAGAGUAUGAGCAUCCCUUCCACACCACGUAUAUGUUUCAAUAGUAAAGAUUUUUGGAAACAUUAAAAAGAAGUCCAGACAUACAUUUAGUUUCCCAUAUUGCUACACUAGAUAUUAAAUGUGUGUUUGUGGUUAAAAUUUGCUGUACAAUAGCUUUUCUCUGACUUCCCGUAUUAUACCAAAUAUGAAACAGGUUGGUUUUUUUCUUUCUUACUUCUUUUUUUUUUUUUAAUCAAAAGGAGUAAUAACAACAGCAACAGAGGAAAAAUGAGUUUGUGUUGUGAGCUUUCCUAACGCUGUAGAUUUCUUGAUAAGAUAUGAGCUGCCUUCAGACCCGUUUUUCUCUUCCAGCUUAACUCCUGCAGUCCUGACCAAGUGAAAUCUGCCCCUGCUCCCUGCAGGAGCCUCUGUGUCACCAAAGUGGCACCUGAGGGGCACUGGGAGCUGGUCAAGGACACCAGGAGUGGCUUUGGCAGCUCCAGGCAUCCCAGCAGGGAAGUGUCUGAUCCCACAUGGGCACACUCUUGGUCCUCCCUCCCUGCCCAUGCCUUCUGUGGAUCCCACGCUGCUGCUUUGCCAUCAACAAUCACAUCUUUUUUAUUAAAAAAAAAUAUAUACAUAUCUAUUAUUUUCAAGCAAAAUUUUCCAAAAGGAACGAUUUAACUGCUGUAUGGCACCUCUGGAAUUCCAACAUGUAUGUUCAAUGAAUGCACCCAAAGAUAUUCUGCACCCUGUGCUUUGAGCUACAAAACCUCUGUCUCGAAUAAAAGAAAUUAUAUUACCCUCCCCCACAAAUACUCUUUUCUACUUGCUUUUUUCCUCUCUCCACCCAGCCAAACCCACCUCUGGAAAGACCCCCCUUGACUUUGGUGUCAUUUCUGUCAAAUACCAGAAAAAUCUGCCCUUCCCUGCUUUAAACCAAGGCUCACAGAUCUUUUGGUGAAUCAUCCCAAGGGCAGCCAAAAUGAGGAACAAAGAGAAAACUUCUGCCUGGAGCUCCACGAGCAAGGGGAACACUCUUCCUACCACCCUGUGCCCAAGGAAAAGAUCUUUCUUCUUGGAUCCACUGCAAAAUUUUGAUGUGCAAGGAGGUCAGAGUCUGGCUGAAGCUCUGACCCGAGGUGCAUCCAAGCGUCCAUUCCCAUUUUUCCUUUAUUUCUGCUCUCACAUUAAAGCCUCCCAGCUUUCCCAAGUGUCCCAGCCUCCCCAGGGAGCCCAUCCCUGGCCUACCCAGGCGUGCCAGGAGAAGAUGAAGCUGCCACGUUCAUGUUUCUCCCCAUUUAACACAGACUUGGCACGUUCAUGGUGUGACACGAGCGAGGAACCACAGCAGAAUCUGAAAUUUCCUACCUGAAUAAAGGGUGUCACCUCUGGCUCAAAAAACCAAUGUCCAUUUCCUGAAACAAAGAAGCACCAAUGAUUUAUCCAUUUUUCUACAAU